AUAUGUUGUCCCAUCACUUGUGACAGCGGAUUGAUUUGCACUUAAUUUCCCCGUCGAUUGACAAACGUUAAUCAACCAAGGUAGAUCCGCUCACGAGCUAUGAUAAAAAUGCAGUCUUAAGUCGAAACGCCGACGUUACAGCACUUUACCACGGGGUUAGGGUUUCAGAUCUCCCAAUUUUGCUGGAUCGGUCACUAAUCUCAGCACAUGCUCAGACUCAGGCACUCGUGGAUAGCGAAAUUGUGUUGUGAUUUAUAGUUGUUUCAUUUGUUUUCAAUUCUAUUCCGACGGAAUUAUUAACAAUUGAUUGAGAGAUGCUGUCGAAACCGGGACAAUCAUCUUACCGAGAUAGAACGCAGGAGUUUUUAAGCGUAGCAGAGAGGCUGAGGAAGUCGUCUAAUGCGUCCUCAUCACGUAAUGGUAGCGCUAUCACGAAGGCCGAUGAUCGAAAUUCUGCGGUGGCGAUUCAGUCGGAAUUCAACAAAAGGGCUUCAAAGAUAGGGUAUGGGAUUCACCAGACAUCACAGAAGUUGGCUAAGCUCGCCAAAUUGGCAAAGAGAACAUCAGUGUUUGAUGAUCCAACUCUGGAGAUCCAAGAACUGACAGCUGUGGUAAAGCAAGAUAUCAGUGCACUUAAUUCAGCUUUAGUAGACCUCCAAUUUCUCUGCAACUCCCAAAAUGAAAGUGGGAACAUCUCAAGUGACACAACAACCCAUUCAACCACAGUUGUGGAUAACCUAAAGAACCGCUUGAUGGGUGCAACGAAGGAGUUUAAAGAAGUCCUUACCAUGCGAACUGAGAACCUGAAGGUUCAUGAGAACAGAAGGCAGUUGUUCUCUUCUACUGCUUCAAAAGAGUCUACAAAUCCCUUUGUUCGCCAGCGUCCUCUGACUUCCAGGUCUGCUGCUGAGGCAUCUAAGGCACCUCCUCCUCCGUGGGCUAACGGUUCUGCCUCGUCGUCCCAAUUAUUUCCCAGCAAACCAGCAGACGGGGAAUCACAACCAUUAUUGCUGCAGCACCGUCAACAACAGCAGCAGUUGGCAGCUCCCCUACAAGACAGCUACAUGCAGAGUAGAGCUGAAGCCCUUCAUAAUGUGGAGUCAACUAUCCAUGAACUGGGUAACAUUUUCACACAACUGGCAACCAUGGUAUCACAGCAAGGAGAGAUUGCAAUCAGGAUUGAUGAGAACAUGGAUGACACACUAGUGAACGUAGAAGGAGCGCAGAAUCAACUAGCCAGGUAUCUUAACAGUAUAUCAUCCAACCGUUGGCUGAUGAUCAAGAUAUUCUUUGUACUAGUUGUGUUCCUCAUGAUUUUCUUAUUUUUUGUGGCCUAAACGUGUAUGAGAAAUAAAGAAAAUAACAAAACCUUUUCUUUACUUUCCUCCCCUGAGUUUUCUUCAUGUACACUUAUGAUGGAAAAUUAAUCAAAUGUGUGAAUUUUUUGACA